GUUCUAUGAAAAAGGAACUGAGUCAGUCAGUCGUCGAGCUAAUCAAGCAGCAACAACUCGAAAAGUGAGUCUCACAUUUGGAAAGGGAGAAAACUGUGUACGAAAAUUUGACUCACGAUGAAGCUGCUUUCGCUGAGCCUUUGGCUGCUGAGCCACAGUUUGGUGAUGCAAAUAUAUGGGUAUUGCCUCAGGCAGUCGCUGCCAUCGGAGAAUGCUGCCACACGCCACAUGUGGCGAGCCACGGACUGGCCGGCGGACACAGGCAGCUGUGCUGGGCCAACAGCUCUGCUGCGGUCAGCCACUGACGGCCAUGUGGCAGCCGCUGCAGGCCGUGCCACGCCCAAUGCCUCAGCCACAGGCGCAGCCACAGGCACAGCAGCAUCAGCUCAAGCUGUGAGCCUGGCCAAUUAUGUCUACCAAUGCGCCAGCAAGCGUGCACCAAAUCUCUCGCCUGAUUUGACAUCAACUCGCAGCCUUCUACGUCCAUUUCAGCUGGAGCGGCAACAGUUGACGUUGCCGGCGUUUGAAAUGAACCUGAACCUGGACAAUCUCUGGCCUGGCAAUUAGCAGGAAGCGCACUCGACACAAGCAGAAAACUCUCAAGUUAUUAUAUUUUUUAUUGCAUUUAUUUUGUUAUGAACUAAAAAGCCGUUGUACGUUACGUAUUAAAUACAGCCAAUAUUUAGCCGUAAAA